AUGAGCAGACAGAAGGUGUUUCUGGAUAAAAUGGCACGUACCUUCCAGAUCCGGAACAUGCUGCUCCGUCAAGCCCUGGCAGAGUGCCUGGGUACUCUCAUUCUAGUGAUGUUUGGUUGUGGUGCAGUUGCCCAGUUGGUGCUCAGUGGUGGCUCACAUGGGAUGUUUUUAACAGUGAACUUUGCCUUUGGUUUUGCUGCGACAUUGGGUAUCCUGGUGUGUGGCCAAGUCUCAGGGGGCCAUCUGAACCCAGCGGUGACCUUUGCUUUGUGUCUGCUCGGAAGAGAACCCUGGAGGAAGUUUCCUGUGUAUUUCUUCUUCCAGACUUUAGGCGCCUUUCUGGGUUCAGGAGUUAUAUUUGGAAUGUACUUUGAUGCAUUGUGGGACUAUGGACAUGGUACAUUGAUUGUUGAGGGGACCAAUGCCACUGCUGGAAUCUUUGCAACGUAUCCGUCUAAGCAUCUCACCCUUAUCAAUGGCUUCUUCGAUCAAAUGAUUGGCACAGCAGCAUUGAUUGUAUGUAUUCUGGCCAUCGUUGACCCUUACAACAACCCUAUCCCACGAGGACUGGAGGCUUUCACAGUGGGCUUCGUGGUUCUGGUGAUUGGCUUGUCUAUGGGUUUCAAUUCAGGUUAUGCUGUGAACCCAGCCAGGGACCUGGGACCCCGUGUUUUCACUGCACUCGCAGGCUGGGGCUCAGAAGUGUUUACGACGAAGGCUUAUUGGUUCUUUGUGCCCAUCUUUGCACCCUUCAUUGGCGCAUUGGUUGGUGUUGUUGUGUACCAACUAAUGGUUGGCUACCACAUCGAGGGGGAAAUGAGAGAUAAAAAGGAAGCAGAGGAGGCAGAGGAGAAGGAGAGGCUCAAACUGUCCGAUGUCACCUCUAAGGAGAUGGCCUGA